AAAUCCCCAUUAUGGUGUCUGCAGACACAAACAAACGUGAGUCUAGCUGCUUAGCUGUGACCUUAAAAUUGUUAGUUUUGUCUUAGAAUGCAUUGUCGUGAUUUUAUGGUAAUGUCAAGUUUACUUAGUUUCUCUAAGUACAUGUCUAUGUUACAUGCAUACACUGUCAGUGACAUGUUAUCAAUACGUGAUGCCGAGCUAUGUAUACACGAAUGAUGAAUCUGAAGUCUGAAGUCCCACCACUUGUAGCACACAUUUUUAUCAUUCAAAAUAAACAGUAAUGAUGUUGUUUAACUACCGGGUAUAUUGAGAGCGAAAAAUUAAAUAAGCUUUGAAAAAAAAUGUCAUCACCACAACAAGAAAUGUUUAGCGAGUCCAAGAAAGAAGGAGCAUUAAGGAGAUUGUCUGAAGAAAAAGUGGAACCUCCAUAUAAAAAACAGCGAACGUCGACCAGUGCAGAUCGUCAAGAUGAAAGUGAAGAGGAUGAUCAAAGAAAACUGGAGUUGGCAAUACAGCCUGAGAACUACCAAUUUCAACAACUUGGGAAAGGAUUUUUACAUCAGCAUGGUGAUUUAAAACAACUGAGUGAUGAAAGUGAGUGGUAUUUAUGGGGACCGUAUCUGUCUGAACGACAAUGGGGAACAGUACGCGAAGAUUAUUCCAGUGAUGGAAACUGCUGGAAAUACUUUACGCACAAUGAAGCUCACCAACGUGCAUACCAGUGGGGAGAAGAUGGACUAUUUGGAGUGUGCGAUAAAGAGGCAAGGUUAUGUUGUGCACUAUCGUUAUGGAACGGACAAGACCCUAUGUUGAAGGAAAGACUGUAUGGAUUAACUGGACUAAUGGGUAACCAUGGUGAAGAUGUGAAGGAGUGUUACUAUUACCUUGACAACACACCAACACAUUCUUACAUGAAGGCGCUGUAUAAGUAUCCGCAGAACGAAUUUCCAUAUUUGGAGUUGGAGAAAGAGACAGCUUCAAGAACUGUGAAAGAUCCUGAAUAUGAAUUGGAGGAUACAGGUGUCUUUGAUGAUAGCAAAUAUUGGGAUGUGGAAGUAGAGUAUUUCAAAGAUACUCCACGUACAAUUCUGUGUCAGUACACUAUAUCCAACAGAGGAUGUGACCGUGCCACGAUUCAUGUACUUCCCACCAUCUGGUUUAGGAAUACCUGGAGCUGGGGAAAUGAUUUUGUUGAUAACACAGAGAAGAAACCGUAUAUUAGGAAGGUAGCUAAUUGUAAUAAAGUAGUAUGUAACCAUGGUGAUUUAGGUGAGUAUUCAUGGAUGGUGUAUAAUGGACAGAAUGAUGAAUCUACACAAUAUCUGUUCACGGAAAACGAGACGAAAUUGGACACUGAUGAUGGCACCACGACUUACAGCAAAGAUGCAUUUCACCAAUAUGUUGUACAAGGUGACAAAAACACUAUUAAUGGAGAUGAAAUUGGCACCAAAUGUGCAGCACAUAUUGUAUUAAAUGUAGAGCCAGAAAGCAGUGUUGUUGUAAAGUGGUGUCUUGUAGUAUCUGAAGACUGCAAGCAAAACGAUACUGUGUUCGGAGACUGGUUUACUGAGAUACUCAGUAGGAGGAGACAAGAAGCUGAUGUAUUUUAUCAAGAGGUUUUACCGGUCACUCUAACAAAAGAAGAAAGAUCCAUCAGUAGACAGGCAUAUGCUGGAUUGCUGUGGAGCAAGCAAUUUUAUUUUUACAAUAUAAGAAACUGGAUGAAAGAUUACGCCAAGUGUUCAAAGUCAUCUACUAAAACGACAAGAAGAAACAAGGAUUGGUGUCACUUAGUCAAUAAACACAUAAUUUCCAUGCCAGACAAGUGGGAAUUUCCCUGGUAUGCAUCAUGGGACCUGGCUUUCCAUAUGAUACCAUAUACAGAUGUUGAUUCUGGUUUUGCUAAGCAACAACUACUGCUCAUGCUCAGUGAAGGAUAUAUGCAUCCCAAUGGUCAGGUUCCAGCAUAUGAGUUUGACUUCAGUGAUGUCAAUCCACCUGUACACGCAUGGGCUUGUCUCUACGUAUACAGAAAGACUGGUGACAGAGACUUCCUGGCAAAAUGCUUUCACAAGAUGAUUCUUAACUUUGGCUGGUGGCUAAACACUAAAGAUCCACAUGGCAACCAUUUGUUUACUGGUGGUUUUCUCGGUUUGGAUAACAUAGCUCCAUUUGAUAGAUCAAAAAUAGCAAGAAAAAAAACUCUUCUUCAGGCUGAUGCCACAGGUUGGAUGGGUUUCUAUGCACUCAAGAUGAUGGAGAUAGCGUUAGAACUCUGCAAGCAUGAUCCAGUAUAUGUAGACAUGGCGGGGGAAUUCCUACAGCAUUUCCUGCUGAUAUCCAGCUCAAUCAAUGGCCUUAAUGAAGAAGUACAAGGUUUAUGGCAUGAAUCUGAUGGUUUAUAUUAUGAUAAUCUAUAUCAAGAUGACGGUGGGAUAACACCACUUAGGUUGCAUUCUCUGGUCGGAAUCAUACCGUUCUUUGCAUGCUGUGUUCUUGACGCUGACAUUAUCAACUCGGUACCAGGAUUCCAAGACAAAUUGAAGUGGUAUCAGACUAAAAGAAAAGAUAUCUGUUCAAGGGUGUUCUACAAGGAAGAUGAAAAUAAAAUAUUUCUGUCAAUACCAGAUAAACGACAGUUAGACAGUAUACUGUCUUAUCUCUUAGACAAAGAUGAGUUCUUAUCACCUCAUGGCAUCAGAUCACUAUCAAAGUUCCACAAAGAAAACACAUUGUCUAUGACAAUUGAAGGCUUAUCAGAUGAGGAUGAUCAAUCUUGUACAACAGAGUCCAAUGAAAUGGAAAUAAGUCAAACUGAUGAUGGUACCGAGGAUGAACAGAACCAAUCAGAACCUCAGCCUACUGGAGAAAAGAAGACACAAACACAGGAGUACAGCAUUGAGUAUUCACCUGGGGAGUCAACUUCUGAUAUGUUUGGUGGUAAUAGCAAUUGGAGGGGACCCGUCUGGAUAUGUAUGAACUAUUUGAUUAUAGAAUCACUUCAAAUGUACAGUGAUUUCUACAGUGAUACAAUGAUGGUAGAAUACCCAAGAGGAUCUGGAAACAAACUAUCACUGAAAGCAGUUGCCAUGGAUAUCAGUAGAAGGCUUGUCACAAUAUUCUCACCUGAUGUACAUGGUAAAAGACCAUGCCAUGGAAAUUCUUUACGGUAUUCUGAAGAUCCAAAUUGGAAGGACUUGGUUCUUUUUUAUGAAUAUUUCCAUGGUGACACAGGGCGGGGAUGUGGAGCAAGUCAUCAAACUGGAUGGACAGCCUUGGUGGCUACUCUUAUAAAGAAGACAAAAAUGUAGCAGUUUAAAAUUACUGGAAAUGUUUAAUAAAUUUGGUUGGCAUGGCCCAGCAUGAUUGCAUCCUGUCAGAGGGGGGGCUGUUGAUCCAUGUUUCAGCAGAUUCUAAGAAACAAUACAACAUUGAGCUAGCAUUGUCGAGGGGGACAGGGCUAGUGACAAAUUCAAAUGUGAUGCCAAACUUAAAAUGAGACUUUUUUUUAAAUAAAUCUACAUAAUUUGUUCACAAAUUAUAAUCAAGAUAUGUAGCUAAUAGAAAUAUUAUCUAGUUGGUAUAAAAUAUAGAUAAAUGUUGCCCCUAAACUUUGGCGAGAUAAAUUGCUCAAAAAAAGCACCCUUGAAAAUAAUGAUAUA